AUACAUAGGGCCUACAUACAGAGAUAGAUAGUCAACAUAAGACUUGCAGUCUAUGUUAAAUCGAUGCGCUAUGCAUUUGAUUCGUCAUGUCCUCACCAAACCAAUCGAUAACAGAGAUCGUGGAUUGUCAAGGAAUUCAAAGCGCUUGCAACAGUUCAUCGAGAAUUUUGUCAAGAUAGUCAGGAAUAGAGUCUACUGUUCGCUAUGUAAACUAGGCUUCAGGACACACGCACUCAUCGGCAAAAUGCUACACAGUUGCAGUUGCCAUAUCGUCGAAGGCGGUCGUAAACUGUGGAUAAGGGAAACUUUGUUUCAAGUAGGCAUGUAAAUACUUUACGCGUUUUGUUUAUUAAAGGAGGAUGUUGCCUGAAUUGCCUUUUCGCUCCCGCCGGUCACCUGUGGUUUGUUUACAUGGCUGUGUUGCUUCCAGUCAGCCGCUGGCAUCUGUUAUUGGGACAGACAUUCUCAAAAAAGGAGGAAACGCAGCGGACGCCGCUGUUGCAGUAGCAGCCGCCUUGAACGUGACAGAACCGUGCAGCACUGGCGUAGGUGGGGACAGCUUCUGUCUGUACUAUGAUGCACGAACCGGGCAUGUGCGCGGACUAAAUGGGAGUGGGCGGUCAGCCAGGGCCCAGAGCCUGCAUCUGCUGGAGAGCCUGGGUUUCAGUAAGGGCAGCCCUCCCCCACCCUUCCACGCCCUCAACAUCACUGUGCCCGGGGCAGCUGCCUGCUGGUGCGACACUGUGCGUCUUUUUGGAAGCCAGAAGCUCUCGAUGGCUGAUAUUCUGGAGCCGGCGUGUGAUCUGGCGAGGCAGGGAUUCCCAGUGGCCGAGGUCACCGCUUUCCAAUGGGCCAAGUGGACAAAGGCGAUGAGGGACGCAGGCAGGGAACUGGGAGGGGACUUCCUGCCCAACCAGCAGCCACCCAAACAUGGGCAGGUGAUCACCAACCCUGGCCUGGCUCAAACCUUCCAGGAGAUGGCCCAUAGAGGGAAAGCGGGCUUCUACGAGGGCAGGGUAGCGGAGGCCGUGGUGAACGUGAUCCAGGAGAACGGCGGUGUGCUGAGUCUGGAGGACCUGAAGAACCACACCAGCACAGAGAUCACACCUAUAUACACCGACUACAAGACGGUCAGACUUUGGGAGGUCCCGCCAAAUGGCCAAGGGAUGGCUGCCCUCAUUGCUCUGAAUAUAGUGGAGAACUUCCCCAUAAAAGGAAUGGACCACAACAGUGCUGACUACCUACACCUGCUGGUGGAGGCCUUCAAGCUGAGCCUGGCUGACGCCACCCACUUCAACGCAGACCCUGCCCAGGUAGAGGUGCCCCUGGAGGGGCUACUGGCCAAGGACUACAGCCAGCAGCGUGCCCAGCUCAUCCACAUGGACAGAGCGAGGGCCGUGAAGGAAGCCGGGAUUCCCAGAGGAAGUGACACGGUGUACUUCUGUGUGGUGGACGGGGAGGGCAAUGCCUGCUCCUUCAUCAACAGCAACUACCAGGGCUUUGGCACAGGCCUGGUGCCACAUGGCUGUGGCUUCUCCCUUCAUAACCGAGGUGCCUUUUUCUCGCUAGACCCCAGCCAUGCCAACUGCAUGGGGCCCGAGAAGAGGCCCUACCAGACACUGAUCCCAGCCCUGCUGACAGAGGCGGCCUCUGGCAGACUGCUCUGCUCCCUGGGGGUCAUGGGGGCAUUCAUGCAGCCCCAGGGACACAUCCAGGUUUUACUCAAUAUGCUAGAGUUUGGGAUGGACCCGCAACGGGCGUUGGAUGCUCCACGUGUGUUUGUGCAGUACGAUGAAGCUGCCCAACAGUGGACCGUGAACCUGGAGAGCGGCAUAGAAGAGGAUGUGGCCAAGGAGCUCCGGGGGCGGGGUCACGUCCUGCGCUGGCCAGUGGAGGGCCAUGAGCGCGCCCAGUUCGGCAGGGGGCAGGUCAUCAGUGUGGGGGCGUGGUGGGACCCCGGGGCCGCCCCCUCCUCUGACCCUCACGUACCCAGAGUGCUCUGGGCCGGCUCUGACCCAAGGGCCGAUGGCUGCGCUGUGGGCUAUUAGAUUUUGCAUUCACAUGGACAGACUUAGCCCCUAUAGAAGAGGGGUGUGUGUGUUUGUGUGUGUGUUUGUGUGUGUGUGUGUAGGUGUGUGUGUGUUUGUGCGUGCGUGCGCAUGCGCAUGCGUCAUGUGUUUUGGAGAUAUUCCCACAGCAUUGUGGAGCUAAACCCUACCAAACACUGUGCAGUCUUACAGGUGAUCAAUAACUAAAUCGGGUAAAUAUACAUAGUUAAGCUGUUGGUACUGACUCAAUCACUUGUGAUGAUCAAAAUGACUAAAGAUUACCAAUAUGAUGUGUAAAUGAAAGAAAAUGGAUAAAACAGAUCUGUUAAGUUUAAGCUUACUUUUAUGAUGAUGAAUACAUGAAAACUUCAUGCGACAAAUGUUGGUUUUGUUUGAUUUCUGAAUGAAUCAGAUUCUCAUUUCAAGCAA